AUGUAUGCAGUAGAAUUGGUGUAUUUCAUCCUGUUUAAUGGCUGUUUAUUGGAGUGCUGUGGCAUAUAUACCCAGCACAUUUUGGCUGCGCCGUUUUCAUCACAAAAUAGCGAGAAAGACUGGAAGCUAGUUGCUGUCCAGGGAGAGAAGUGUUGCAGUGAGAUUUUUCUUAAAAGAGGUAUAUUUCACCAGAGAAGUGUUGCAGGAGUGCCUCAACAAAAUGCCAGGGUUGAGAGGAAACAUAGGUAUCUUCUGGAUACAGCUAGGGCACUCAAGCUCCAUGCUGGGCUUCCUGAUUAUCUAUGGGGUGAAUGUAUCCUCUCAGCCACUCAUCUCAUCAAUCUGCUGCCUAGUCGUGUGAUAAAUUGGGAGACUCCCUACAAGAAGCUCAUGAAAAAGGAUGUUAACUAUGAUCACUUGAAGGUGAUUGGAUGCUUGUGUUAUGCAAGCCCUCACAAAAAACCCACUGACAAGUUUGCUGCCAGGGGAUUGAGAUGCAUCCUAAUAGGGUACCCACAUAAUCAAAAGGGGUACAAGCUGUUAGAUUUGCACAGCAAGAAAAUAUUUGUGAGUGAGUCAGCUGAACAGGAAUCUCUACACACUGAUGCUGUAGAGGAGGAGAACACAACAAGAGAUUCAGAAGGAAUUUCUGAUGAUAAUGUUCAUCAGCUUGUGGAAGAAAGGAGACCUCAGAGAGGGAGCCACCUACCCAAGAGAUAUCAGGAUUUUAUUCUUGACAUGCCCAAGAGCAGGAGCAAGGUUCAUGAUGUCAAUCUUAUUGCAGCCAACCUUGUUGAUUCAUCUUAUUAUUCAGCAGAUUAUCUAGCUUCUCUUUGCAAUGUUCUCAGUGUAAGAGAACCUAGUCACUAUGAAGAAGCAUGUCAAGAUGAAGGAUGGGUGAAGGCUAUGGAUUCAGAGAUCCAGGCAUUAGUAGAUAAUGCAACAUGGGAAAUGGUAGAUCUCCCACCAGACAAGAAAGCUCUUGAUAGUAAAUGGGUAUACAAGAUUAAAUUCACUCCUGAAGGGCAUGUUGACAAACUAAAAGCAAGAUUAGUGGCAAGAGGUGAUAGACAGGUAGAAGGGAAGGAUUACAAGCAUACUUUUUCUCUUGUGGCUAAGUUUGCUAGUGUUAGGAUUCUUAUUGCUCUUGCUACUGCCUUAAGCUGGCCUUUGCACCAGCUAGACAUUAACAAUGCCUUCUUACAUGGGCAUUUAGAUGAAGAGGUGUAUUUGAAGCCUCCAAAAGGUUUUCAAGGUGGGAAGGAAGGACAAGUUUGCAGACUUAAGAAGAGUUUAUAUGGGCUCAAACAGGCAUCUAGACAGUGGAAUAUUGAGCUCACUCAACACUUCCUUGCUCAUGGUUACACUCAAUCCAAGAGAGACUAUUCCAUGUUUACAAAGAAACAUUCAGGUAAACAAACAAUCAUAUUAGUCUAUGUUGAUGAUUUACUCAUCAGUGGAGAUGAUGAUGUAGAGAUUCAAAAGAUUAAAGACAGCCUUGACAGUGCCUUCACUAUUAAGGAUCUUGGGGCAAUUAGAUAUUUUUUAGGGAUUGAGCUUUUUGUGACUCAGACUGGGGAAGCUGUGCUUUCAGUGCUAGGUCUCUCACUGGCUACUGUAUUUUCUUGGGAAACUCUUGUUUCUUGGAAGACCAAGAAGCAGAAAACUGUAUCUAAGUCUUCAACCGAGGCAGAAUAUAGGUGUAUGUCUCAAACUACCAGUGAAAUAGUCUGGGUUCAUGGACUUCUGGAAGACCUCUCUUUCUUCAUACCUCAACCUAUUGAUCUUUUCUGUGACAACAAGUCAGCAAACCAUCUUGCUUACAAUCCCAUUUUCCAUGAAAGAACGAAGCAUUUAAAAGUGGACUGUCAUUAUGUUCGAGAACACAUUCAAUAUGGUUUUCUUAAGGUUCUUCACAUCAAGUCUUUCUUCAACUGGCAGAUAUUAUGA